AUAGAACUAGGAAGUAGAUUAAGUAUUCAAUACAAAAAGUCAUCCAUGUUGGAUUUAGAGUCCCAUCUGUCCAUGUGACCAAGAUAACAAUGGAUCCUAGGUACAGUGCCCAGGAUAUCCUACGCUGUGACCUGUGUGAGACUGCUUUGGUUCAAAGUCAUUGUGAACUUUGUCACAUUAACUUGUGCAAGGCUUGCGUUGGGGACCACCUCUCUGAUCCAUCAAAGAAUCAUAGAGUCGUGCCAUACAAAGCACAGACCUCAACACCAAACUAUCCAAAAUGUCUAAACCAUGCUUCGAAGCUGUGUGAGCUUUUCUGUGAGAGAUGUGACAUUUCUGUUUGUACUACCUGCGUCUCCUCUGAGAAACAUCAUGGACAUGCAUUUACAGAUAUUCUACAAAAACUUAGCUCAAAAACAAAAGAAAUUGAAAACGAUUUGAAAGAAUUAGAGAAAAGAAUAUAUCCACGAUACGAAGAAAUUCAUUCCGAGAUAAAAAUUGAGCAAGUCAACUCAGCAGAACAUUACGAGAAACUGACAACAGCCCUCACCAGUCAUGGAGAAGAAUGGCAUAGAGAAAUUGACGUUAUUGUCAACAAACUAAGGUCUGUAAUUUCAGAUAUGAAAAAUAAACACCUAGCUGCCUUAAAUCAACAGGAAAAAGAACUCACACUGAAUAUUUCUGAAAUGCAAAAGAACAUUCUUGAAAUGAAAAACGCUCUUGAAGACAAAGAUAUUUCUUUUAUAUUUUCCUCGUUCAAAGUCAGAAUUGCUGAAUUAAGAAUAUUUCCUCCGAAGCUUAAAUUUUCAUUGCCUACAUUUUCUCCUCAACCGAUCAACAAAGAAAACAUUUCUCAACAAUUUGGAUUUUUAACAAAUUUAACAAUGACAACUGAAAAACAUGGUUACGCAAUAAAGACAUCAGAAGCUCUAGGUUCUCCAAACACAUCCUUGCUUGCUGUGCCAGAGCUAAUUACCACAAUAGUCACUGGAAAUAAAUAUCCGCAAUGCAGUGUUACAUGUCUCAACGACAAAGAAAUAUGGACAAGUGGAAAGGCAAUAACCAUGAAACUCUACAACCAUAAAGGAAAAUUAAUAAAGGAAAUCCAAUCCGAGCUUAGGGCAUACCAACACGACAUAGCAGUGACAAGGAGUGGGGAUUUAGUAUAUACCGAACCUUAUACAAGAACUGUAAAUAGAGUAAAGAAUGAACAAAUACAGGAAGUAAUUAGAUUGCAACAUUGGAUACCUUACAACAUUUGCAGUACCAUUUCUGAUGAUCUUCUUUUAACUAUGGACAGUGAUAAUGGAAAACAAUCAAAGGUUGUGAGAUACUCUGGUUCUACAGAGAUACAAAGCAUUCAGUUUGAUGACGAAGGUAGACCGCUUUACUCGUCUCAUUACCUUAAACACAUAAAUGAAAAUAGAAACCUAGAUAUUUGUGUAGCUGAUAAAGAUGCUCAUUCAGUGGUAGUGGUUAGUCAUGGAGGAAAGUUCCUGUUUAGAUACACUGGUCAUUCUAACAUCGCCUCUGGAUCAUUUAAUCCAUAUGGCAUAACAACAGACAGUCAAUGUCAAAUACUUACAACAGACGCUGACAGUAAUCUCAUCCAUAUCCUAGAUCAAGAUGGACAGUUCCUCCGUUACAUUGAAAAUUGUGAUUUUUGCAAUCCAUGGGGUUUAUGUGUGGACUCUAAAGACAACCUUUUUGUGACUGAGUGCUUCAGUGGUAAAGUUAAAAAGAUCAGAUAUAUGAACAAAAUGCUUUAA